CUGCUUGGAAUAGCAACAGCCUGUGUCACCGAAAAGGGCAAAGCCUUCGGAAAUAGAAACAAAGUUGGUCACAAACCACAUUGGCUUUGCCUGAAGUUUUUUUUUUUUUUCCACCUUCUUAAGCAUGCGACCAUGGGGAAAGUGACCACUGUUGCCACGGGCGGGGAGUGGUUUGGUGCCGAGGCAAAGGCUUUAACUUCUACCAUGGUACCUGUUGAAAACACAGAGGGCCGCGGUUGCCAGAAUCCGCAGGGGAGACCAGCCGAGACUGAUGGCAGCGGCAGAGCCAGCGGCGGCCAGCAUCCUCCCUGGGCCAGAGGUUGUGGCAUGUUUACUCUCCUGUCAUCUGUCACGGCUGCUGCCAGUGGCCUCCUGAUGGGCUAUGAACUUGGCAUCAUCUCCGGGGCUCUUCUUCAGAUAAGAACCUUAUUAGCCCUGACCUGCCACCAGCAGGAAAUGGUGGUGAGCUCCAUCCUCAUCGGGUCCUUACUUGCCUCUCUGCUGGGAGGGGGUUUGAUUGACAGGUAUGGAAGAAGGGCUGCCAUCAUCUUGUCGACCUGUCUGCUUGGACUUGGAAGCCUAGUCUUGAUACUCAGUUCAUCUUACACGGUUCUUAUAGUGGGACGCAUCACUAUAGGGCUUUCCAUUUCACUCUCGUCAAUUGCCACUUGUGUUUACCUCGCCGAGAUUGCCCCAAAAGACAGAAGGGGUCUUCUGGUGUCACUGAAUGAGUUGAUGGUUGUCACUGGCUUUCUUUUAGCCUACAUUUCAAAUUAUGCAUUUGCCAGUGUUUCCCAUGGCUGGAAGUACAUGUUUGGACUCGUCAUUCCCUUGGGGGUUUUGCAAACAAUUGGAAUGUACUUUCUUCCUCCGAGUCCCCGGUUUCUGGUGAUGAAAGGACAAGAGGAAGCUGCUGGCAAGGUCCUGAGGAGGUUGAGAGCCAUCUCAGAUACCACAGAGGAACUCACUCUGAUAAAAUCUUCCCUGAAAGAUGAAUAUCAGUAUAGCUUUUGGGAUCUGUUUCGUGCGAAGGACAAUAUGAGGACCCGAAUAAUGAUAGGCCUAACCCUGUCAUUUUUUAUACAAAUCACUGGCCAGCCAAACAUAUUAUUCUACGCAUCAACUGUCUUGAAGUCUGUUGGCUUCCAAAGCGAUGAGGCAGCUAGCCUCGCCUCCACGGGCAUUGGGGUUGUCAAGGUCAUCGGCACCAUCCCGGCCACACUGCUGGUAGACCACAUCGGCGGUAAAACCCUUCUCUGUGCUGGCACUUCCGUGAUGACAGCCUCAUUGGUGACCAUGGGCAUCGUGAAUCUCAACACCCACAUGAACUUCACCAAUAUCUGCAGAAGCCAUAGUCUUAUCAACCAGUCUUUGGAUGAGUCUGUGCUUUACGGCCCAAGCAAUUUGUCAGCCAGCAAUGAAACUCUUAGAGAGCCCUUUAAGAAGAUCACUUCCCACAGCAGAAGCUCAGUAACGCCCACAAGAAAUGACAUGGGUAAGAGAGGGGAGAUGACCUCACCAUUCUUACUAGAUGCUGGACUAAGCCAGACCGAAUACCAGAUCAUCACAGACCCUGCAGAAGUCCCACCGUUUCUGAAAUGGCUAUUCUUAGCCAGCUUGCUUGUUUAUAUUGCUGCUUUUUCAAUUGGCCUAGGAACAAUACCCUGGCUGGUGCUCAGCGAGAUUUUUCCCGUUGGAAUCAGGGGACAAGCCAUGUCUUUAACUUCGAGUAUGAACUGGGGCAUCAACCUCCUCAUCUCUCUGACGUUUUUGACGGUGACUGAUCUCAUUGGACUGUCGUGGCUGUGCUUUACCUACGCGAUCAUGAGUGUGGCGGCCCUGGUGUUCAUCAUCAUGUUCAUACCCGAGACAAAGGGGUGUUCUUUGGAACAAAUAUCAACGCAGCUGGCAAAAGCGAACUAUGUGAAAAACAACAUUUGCUUUAUGAGUCAUCACCAAGAGGACCUAGCAUCGGAGCGACUCCAAAAGGAAAAACCUCAAGAGCAACCAGAACCAUAUAAAUGCUGAUGCAGUGUAAGAACUUUCAGUAUGAUGUCUUCAUACCAAUACACACUGGCCACUCCCAGGUUUUGCCUUUAGUGUCAUGGAGCUAGUUUUAAAGGGACACUCUGAAAUUAUGAAGACAACCUUUAACCUUCACCCACAAUAGGUAAAUGAGGGGUAAGGUCCCAAGCAUCUAUUACUUUGGACAGGAUAGGAGGCUAAACAAAACAAAACACUGUUUCAGCACUUUCACCUUUACACAGAGCAACUUUGAAAGACUGCACCAGUGUGCAUACAGGCUGGUGGCAGCUUUAUCAUUCAGAUGCUAAGUAGUCUAAACACAAGCUUACAGUUUGGUUCCCCACCCGCACCCCCAUUCCCAAGACACUACUUGCACCGGGUGUUGUGUAAAAAAGAACCAGGACAUAUGUGGACAAUUGCAUAUAUAUUCUAGAUUCAGAUAGGUUCUUGGCUCAGAUUUUAGUGAUAAUUCCUAAUUAACAGGUACAAGGAUUAUGUAUUUUUUAUGAAUUAUGAACUAUCACGUAAUACAAGAUCUUUUAUAUCAUUAGCACUAUAAAAUCAUGUGAGAAGCAAUUCUGCAAUAGCUGAGAAAAAUAAGCAUCUUCCCAUACAUUUAAAAACAUGAAUAGAGAGGACAACUUGAAAUUCUUGGGACCAUAUUUAUUUAGAAGCAGCUGUUUGUACAACACUAGGAGUCAGGCCAUCAGGUUAUUUAUGCAAAUCUCUAAGCAAUUAGAUUUGACUUUUCAGCCAAGCUUAUACAGUUCUCUUCAUAAGGCAUUCAUAGCUUACAGUGAUCCACAGUUUCCUGCAACCCUUCGCACUCCUCAGGAGUAUCGCUACCUCGGCACACAGGCAGCCUGUGACCGAUGCAGGCUUGCAGGUGACUGCAGACACUACAAACGACAUUCAGACAGCAGGACAAUCCCCUCACUACGUCCUUCUCUCUGCUGAAGCCGAGAUCACCAGUGACACCAGAAACUUCGGUUUUACCCGCACAACCAUUGCGGCUCUCUUGUGCAUCACUGUGGUUCAAUUUCAGAAGCUGGUGAGGCAUUUUACUAACUGAAUUUAGAUAUAGAAAAUCUACAAUAAUCUCAAACCACUUAAGUAGCAAUUCAAUUACUAAUAUAUAUUAUAAACUAUGGAAGACACUCAAAAAACUUAAAAGGAUGAACCUAACUUGAAAAUGAAUACACAAAUAUGAUUAAUGUGAAGAGAAUCCUAAGUCAAAAACAAAAACCCUUUCUAUUUAGCUUGGAAUCUUCCUACUGGCAUGUAACAAAUUGUCCCGAGUUGGAUGUUCGGGUAUGUGAUCUACUGUAUUUCCUUGUAACAAAGAGAAAGACUGAUAUAAGAAGUAGUAAAAUUGUGUUCUCAGAGAUUCAGAAUGACUUAAAGUCCUGGUUCUGAAAUGUAUUAUGCUGAUUAAAACUGGUGGAGGGAGUUA